AUCUCCCACAGUGUAUGUAAGUGCAUAUUUCAGAGUGCUAUAGUCUCCUACGAAGUUCCUGCUCAAGACGCUGCUCGCAAAAAGUGUGAAAACUUCUGGUUGGCUGCCAAGGAUUUUAAUUCUCUGUCAAUAUAUGAGGUCUGUAUGCAGAUGAUUUUAUCGCUUAAUCAGCUGAAGCAUAUCCUAAUUCUGCCUAAGGGCACAUCAUCAUGGGCACGUGAUGGGUGGCUUACAAAUUCGGCCUGGUGCGAGCGAGAUUUUAUACUUCACGGAUGGCAGAAGAGGUAUAAGGAUACGUUUAUCGAGAAGAACGAAGAAAUUCAAAGAAGACUGAAUGCAACCAUCCAAGAUGUUGACGCAGAUUUUCAAACCAUAAAAGCAAGGUUACAGCAAACAGGAUAG